AUGCUUACCGACCUGCGACAAGUGCUGCGGCGGUGGGGCGCACCGAGCACCAACGCGCCCAUCGCGCGACGCAUCCGAAUGGCCAUUGUCUUGCUGGUCGUGUGUGGCGUGCUCUGGUGGCUGCUCCAGAUGGCGUCGAGCGACCGCUUGCACCCGAUUGACCAGAGCGAGGCCCUCUUCCACGCCGUCUACGGGAUGCCGAUGCCGACGCGCGAGUUCAAGUGCUCCGAGUCGAGCCGCUUCCAGUACCAGCUCACAGCGUUCGCCAUCUUCCGAGACGCAGACAAGUACCUCAAGGAGUGGAUAGAGUUCCACAGACUGGUUGGCUUUGACCACUUCCUAAUGUACAACAACAACUCGACGGACAAGUACCGCGAAGUGCUCGUUCCGUACAUGCGAGCAGGCCUUGUCACACUGCUAGAUUUCCCGACGAUCAUGACGCACGAUAUCGCGGGCUAUCGCAUCCAGAACACGCAAAGAGUCGGCAUCGUUGACGGCGUCCAGCGCUUCCGUUGCCUGACGCGCUACAUGGGCAUCUUUGACAUUGACGAGUUCUUCUUCCCAACGUCGCCCGAUCAGUCGUUGCUCGCAAUACUGAAAACGUUUGUGGGUAGCGGCAGAUGCGGGGGCGUUGCGGCCUGGCGACUCAACUUUGGCUCCAACAACCACACGACCACACCGCCCGGACUGGUCUUGGAAGAGUACACGCGUCGCAGCAACGAAGUCAUCAUUGGCAAGAAGGUCUUGUUCAACCCGAGGCAGAUGGCCGGCCUGCACAACACACACAGCCUGUACUUUUACGACGGCAAACCCCUGUGCGAUGAAAAGUUCCGUGAGCUCGAGUUUACGACCUUCUACGAUCACGAAAUUGGGGCCACACGUGAGGUCGACAUUCUCCGAAUCAACCACUACUACACCAAGAGCUACCAGGACUGGGGCGAGCGUUUGAAGCGCGGCACCGUCAGCGGCAACAAUAACGAUUUUGGCUGGCAGCUCUUCCUGGAGGCCGACAACAAUGAGCGUCUCGACACGACCAUUGCACGCUACCUUCCAGGUUUGAGGCAAGCAAUGCAUGCUCCAGACGUGGUCACCAACUAG